UGCAAUUCUCGAUUCCGAUGGCGGAGGCUUCCUCAGUUCUUCAAUUAUCCUCCAUACUUCACGUUGCAGCCUGUGAGGGACACUCAUGAGAAGCAGAUACAGCUCGGGAAAGAGCUUAUUUUGGAUUACUGCAAAUCCCAAAAGAUUUUCUUGAUUGGCGUUGAAGAGGAUUUCCCUCUCUUCUCAAACUCUGCCAUUGAUAGAUCUCUAAGUCAUGAAGCAAAGAAAACAUUUCUCUCAGCCAUCGUUGGAGAAGGGCGUGCUGAGUGGUUAGAUAAAGGGCAUAGGAAAUGUCUGAUUCUGUGGCACCGGAUUCAAGAUUGGGCAGACAUUAUUCUUCAGUUUGUGAGUCACAUGUGAAUUAAUCAACAGGAUUCGCAAAGCAAGAACACACCCGUCCAACAGGAUUCGAUAGCACUUGGGGACAAACUCUCCUGUGAAUCCAUUAUCUCCGGCCACUAAUGCUGCAAGCGGGCGACUCGUAUAUGUCCGCAGAAGAGUCGAGAUUGACACUUCCAAAGCUGCUGCUGCUAGCACAACUCCGCCUAAGGAACCACCAACCGUGGCUGUAGUUGUGGCUAUGGUUAGCUCUUCUCCACAGGGACCGUCCAGCCAUAGGUUAGACUGGGAAAAGCGUUACGAUCAUCUUCAAACGCUUCUUAAUAAGCUUAAUGAGCGAGAGAGAUGCAGCGUGUAGCGGCUUUAAACGUGUUAGGAAGGUCUGUGAACAGUCUUAAAACUUCAUCAAAUGACAGAGAACAGUAAGGGACAAAGGAAAAUGGGAAGCGCAAGAGCGCACUGAUGUGGAUACACAAUAUUGAAGAAAGGGCAAUUAUAAUGAGGGCGAGGGCGAAGAGGCAUUACUACAGUAGUUGUGAUACCAUGUAAGAGUAGAUUUUGUCGGCUGAGUCUAUCUUUUAACGUAUCCCCUCCGUAAGAGGAAUUCAUUAUCUGGAUUCUGGAAUGUACAACAAAAAAUCAUGUAUGCGUAAUAAAAAUACCAUGUAAGAGAAGAGAUGAUCUAAGGCUCUAAGCCCAUGAGUUAGGGGGGAUUCAAUAUUCCUCGAAAACUCCUGAGACAACUGUGGCACGUCACUUGGUAUUAUUAUAAGAAGAUCCCAUUGUAAUUGUA